CUCUCUCUCACUCUCUCUCUCUCCCUCAAAUGCUACAGAGAUGAUGCGAUCUGCGAUCCGCCUCUCGUCCAAUUCCAGCCGUCGAAUCUUUCCGUCCCACCCAAUCCACCGUUUCUUCUCAACAGAGACCGUUACUCAACCCCAAUCCCCAUUCCCGCCACGCCAAAACCCUUUCCAGCACCAAGAAGAAACAGUAGCGGCAGCACCACCGGGAAAGGAAGAGCACACGCAUCAGCAGCCUCGCAACGCCAGGCGAGUAGUUGGAGGGGACUACCAAUCCGAGCAAGCCCGCGUGCUACAGGCUGCCCUCCGCCAUGUAGUUAAAUUGGGGUGGGGUGAAGCUGCAUUGAUUUCAGGGGCGAGGGAUGUUGGUCUCUCUCCGUCCGUUGUGGGUUCUUUCGCUCGGAAAGAAGCCGCACUCAUAGAGUAUUUCAUGGAUGACUGCCUGCAAAAAUUGAUCGAUAGAAUCGAUGAGGAAGAGGACCUGACAAACCUGAUACUCAGCAAACGCCUCGCAAAGCUCAUCCGCAUUCGCUUAGAAAUGCAGGCACCUUACAUAUCAAAGUGGCCUCAGGCACUCAGCAUUCAGGCACAACCACCAAACAUUACUACUAGCUUUAAACAGCGGGCCAUGCUGGUUGAUGAAAUUUGGCAUGCUGCCGGGGACCAUGCCUCCGACAUUGAUUGGUAUGUGAAACGUACUGUUCUUGGGGGAAUAUACUCGACGUCUGAGGUAUACAUGGUGACUGAUCAUUCUCCAGAAUUCCGUGAUACAUGGUCAUUCUUGGACCGUCGGAUCAAAGACGCAUUCGAUCUCCAGAAAACCAUUCAAGAGGCAACUUAUUUGGCAGAAGCUGUUGGAGCUGGAAUGGGGAGCUCAUUGCAGGGGUUCAUGAAGAGGGUGUUCCAGGGAUGAAGAUCAAGAGAUGAGGAGGGUGUUCCAGGAGCCUGGGUAAAGGAUUCUACCCCAGGCCUACAUUUGAGCCUGAGCUUUGUUUGAAGUGGACCAAGCCCGAAAGCUGACUGGGCCGGCAAUACCCAUCGACAGCCCUACCAAAAGAGCAUGUAUUGAGACUUCAAAUCUUCAAGGUGUUGUUUGGUAGCAUUAGAAUUCCUCCCUAUUUUUGAAAAGUAUAAAAAAUAUAUGGAGUCUUGGCUUUCAAGGUUCAAGAAAAUUUCGAUCGGUCCUUGUCGCAGAUGCUCGAGUUUGUGUUUUCGAGUUUUAGAACUCUUGAAACCUCCAAACAAGGUGGUAGUAUUCAACUCCCUGACUUGAGAUAAUAUAUGAGUUUGCUCAGAUUUUAGGUUUGUAAAACUGGGGCCGAUGGUCCAGUGAUCCAGACUGUUGAUAGGCGGGACACACCAUGAAUUUCCGGUGCACCAAAAUUUUCCCAGAUCUGGUGGUGCUGAAUAUCGAAA